GUCGAAUCUUCAGAGCUAAGCUCUGCCGCCAUCAGUGAAAGACAAAGACAGAGUUUAUUGAAGGACAGUGAGAAGAUGAGUGAUCCAGAACCCUGCAGAAUUAAACAGGAAGACACUGAAGAACUAAUAGACCUGGCGGACAAGACGGAGGAGAGCGAGGGACAGAGUGUCAAAAAUAGACAACCAAAAUCCCGUGCAUGGACAAAAGGUGCUGCUUCUCAGAAGAGCAGAGGUGAGAUUUGCUCUGUGUGCGGAAAGAGUUUCAGUAAUAAGCGUAAUCUUCAAAUUCACACGAGGAUUCACACUGGGGAGAAACCGUACACGUGUCCUGAGUGCGGGAAGAGCUUCAAUCAGUCGUCGACUCUCAUCACACACACGAGGAUCCACACUGGGGAGAAACCGUACAAGUGUGGUCAGUGCGACAGAACGUUUGUGAGGAUUUCAGAUCAGAAGAAACAUUUCAGAGUUCACAGCAAGGAUAAGCCCUACUCAUGCUCUGACUGCGGAAAGAGAUUUGCACAUCAGUCGAAUUUAAGUAAACACCAGAAGAUCCACAGCGGUGUGAGAGAGCAUGUGUGCUUCGAGUGUGGGAAGAGCUUUGUCACAGCUGAACAUUUGAAACAGCACCAGAGGAUUCACACUGGAGAGAAACCGUACAAGUGUUCACACUGCGACAAAGCUUUCAAUCAGUUAAUACACCUGAAAAUACACGAGAGGACUCACACUGGAGAGAAACCGUACAAGUGUUCCCACUGCGGCAAGACGUUCAGUCAGUCACCAACCCUCAAAGCGCACAGCAGGACUCACACUGGAGAGAGACCGUACGUUUGUGUUGAAUGUGGAGAGAGUUUCAAUCAUUUGCUUUCUCUACGCAUUCAUAUAAGAAAGAGUCACAUUAAAUGUGAACUUGCCGAUAUUUAAACACACUUGACCACCGUGUCGGACUGUUGCAGAAGACCAGAUAUCAGUAAGUCUAGUGAGUUAGGUGGGUAAUAAGCAGGGGUGCACAUCAGUUUAUUGAUUCAGCUCUCAAAGGAGAACCCGACAGACGUAGCCAAUUAUUACGCCCCAAGUCUAGGGGAAACAAAAAGGGCGUAAUAAACGAAGAAGAAAAAAACAAA